CACAGACACCCCGGCCGGCAUCCGGACCCUGGAAGAGAGGCGGCGCGCGUGGGCGGCUGGCCGCCUGAUCGAUAUGAGCUGCCCGCUGUACGGUGCUCUGCGGCCGGAGAUCCUAUGGCGGCCCGCAGCCCCCCGUAACAGGUGCUCGAACUUUGGCCGCCGGCUACUACUACUCAUCCCCGCAGCACCCACUCCUAUGGUGUUUCUUCCGAUCAAAUGGAGCAAGCCCCCAAUGCCUCACCGACAGCACCUCCGCCGCUUCCUCUCAUCCGCCACCGCCAGAGCCGCGGCGCCGAUCCCAGCGUGGCUCGUCCCGCGGUCUUCCGGCACCUCCGCGCAAAGCGCCCGCAUCCGAGAGCUCGGCCGCCUCGGCCGCUUGAGCGAGGCCAGGGAGGUGUUCGACGCCAUGCCCUUCCGCGACAUCAUCGCCUGGAACUCCAUGAUAUUUGCCUACUGCAACAACGGGAUGCCCGACGCGGCGAGGUCGCUCGCCGACACGAUCUCCGGCGGGAACCUGCGCACGGGCACCAUCCUGCUGUCGGGCUACGCGCGCGCCGGGCGCGUGCGCGACGCUCGCAGGGUGUUCGAUGAAAUGCCCCUGCGGAACACCGUAGCGUGGAACGCCAUGGUCACAUGCUAUGUCCAGAACGGGGACAUCACCCUUGCUCGCAGGAUGUUCGACGCAAUGCCGAGCAGGGAUGUAUCUUCGUGGAACACGAUGCUUACUGGGUACUGCCAUAGCCGACAGAUGGUGGAUGCAAAGAAUCUGUUUGAACAGAUGCCAGAACGCAACAUGGUUUCUUGGACGGUGAUGAUUUCUGGGUAUGUUCUGAUUGAGCAGCAUGGUAAGGCUUGGGACAUAUUUCGUAUGAUGCACUAUGAAGGAAUGUCACCAGAGCAACCAAACCUUGUCUCUGUGCUUUCAGCUAUAAGUAAUCUUGGUAAUCUCAACAUUCUAGAGAGUAUCCAUGCUUUUGUUCAUAAGGCUGGUUUUGAGAGGGAUGUGGUAAUCAGCACUGCCAUACUUAAUGCAUACACUAGGGGUGUGAGUAUGCUUGACACUGCAGUAAAAUUCUUUGAAGGUAUGACAGAGAGGAAUGAGUACACAUGGUCAACCAUGAUCGCUUCACUAUCUCAGGGUGGACGAAUAGAUGAUGCUGUUGCUGUCUACCAAAGAGAUCCUAUUAAGUCUGUUCCUAGUCGAACUGCAAUGCUCACAGGCCUUGCUCAAUGUGGAAGGAUUAACGAUGCGAGGAUUUUAUUCGAUCAGAUCCCCGAGCCUAAUAUUGUAUCCUGGAAUGCCAUGAUUACUGGGUACAUGCAGAAUGAAAUGGUUGAUGAGGCAGAAGGGCUUUUUAACAGGAUGCCUUUUAGAAAUACAAUAUCUUGGGCUGGGAUGAUUGCAGGAUAUGCACAAAAUGGGAGGAGUGAACAAGCUUUGGUUUUGCUCCAGGUGCUCCACCGGAAUGGGAUGUUACCUAGUCUGUCUAGUUUGACCAGCACCUUCUUUGCUUGUUCGAAUAUUGAAGCUCUUGAGACAGGAAAGCAGGUGCAUUCACUUGCAGUAAAGGCCGGCUGUCAGUUCAAUAGCUAUGUAUGUAAUGCGCUGAUUACUAUGUAUGCCAAGUGCAGAAACAUAGGUUUUGUGAGACAAAUCUUUGAUCGUAUGACAGUUAAAGAUACAGUGUCAUAUAACUCUUUAAUUGCUGCACUUGUACAGAACAAUAUGUUGGAAGAAGCAAGAGAUACAUUUGACAAUAUGCCCAGUCGAGAUGUUGUUUCUUGGACUACUAUAAUAUCUGCAUACGCACAGGCUGACCAGGGGAAUGAGGCAGCAGAGAUGUUCAGAAAUAUGCUUCAGGUGCAUGAGUUACCCAAUUCACCAAUAUUAACGAUACUUCUUGGCAUUGGCGGAAAUCUUGGUGCUUCCAAACUUGGACAGCAAAUUCACACCGUUGCUGUCAAACUUGGUAUGGAUUCAGGACUUAUAGUGGCUAAUGCUCUCAUCUCAAUGUAUUUCAAGUGUGGUUCUGCUGAUUCCCUUAAGGUUUUUGACUCAAUGGAGGAACAAGACAUUUUUACAUGGAAUACCAUUAUUACAGGCUAUGCUCAACAUGGCCUUGGAAGAGAAGCCAUCAGGAUGUAUCAACAAAUGGAAUCUGCAGGAGUGUUGCCAAACGAGGUCACUUUUGUGGGGCUUUUACAUGCAUGUAGCCAUUCUGGUUUGGUAGAUGAAGGGCGUCAGUUUUUCAAAUCCAUGAGCAGUGAUUAUGGACUAACUCCUCUGCUGGAGCACUAUGCUUGCAUGGUGGACCUUCUUGGGCGAGCUGGUGAUGUGCAAGGAGCUUUAGAGUUUAUUUAUGAUAUGCCUAUUGAGCCGGAUGCUGUGAUCUGGAGUGCUCUUCUUGGGGCAUGCAAGAUCCACAAGAACGUAGAAAUUGGGAGAAGAGCAGCUGAGAAACUUUUCUCUAUUGAGCCAUCAAAUGCUGGCAAUUAUGUAAUGUUGUCAAAUAUAUACUCCUCCCAGGGGAUGUGGGAUGAAGUUGCGAAGGUACGAAAACUUAUGAAAGAACAAGGUGUGAACAAGGAACCUGGUUGUAGCUGGAUGCAGAUAAAGAACAGAAUGCACUCAUUUGUCACUGGAGAUGAGGAACAUGAACAAAUUCAAGAUAUACAUGCUACCCUCCGGGAGUUGUACACUUUGUUAAAGGCUACAGGAUAUGUGCCUGACACAGAAUUUGUUCUCCAUGACAUAGAUGAAGAGCAGAAGGAGAGCUCACUUCUGUACCACAGUGAGAAGCUUGCUGUUGCUUAUGGCCUUCUUGUUACACCCAAGGGCAUGCCCAUCCAGAUAAUGAAGAACCUUAGAAUAUGUGGUGACUGUCACGCUUUCGUCAAAUUUGUUUCCCACGUCACCAAGAGAGAAAUUGACAUUAGGGAUGGGAAUCGAUUCCAUCAUUUUAGGAAUGGAAAUUGUUCAUGUGGUGAUUUUUGGUGAUAAAUUAUCCCACCACCAACAGGCCCUCUUCACACUAUCCCCUCAUUCAGGUUCUGGCAUCAAAAAAAGAACACUGCAAGGUUCUGAUAGAGGGAGGGGUCAAGUUGACCGUGAGGACCUGUGAAGACAGGAAGAGGAAGGGGCAAUCCAGUGAGGUAUUGAGCAACAAUUGUGGAAUGGAGUUGAAGCCAUCUGCCACCAUGACAAUAUCUGGAAUGGAGGUGGCUGGAGCAACACGGUCACACGGACAAUGGGUGGAAGACUGAGGGAAGGUUUUGAAGGCAGUCUCAUGGCAUCGUGCGGUGCCUUAUUGGCGGUGAUAACCAAUGAUGACAGGAGCCAGAUGGCACUCCCCGGCCAAUUUCAUGGCAGUAAGGCUGAGCAGGUGCAGGCAGAUUGAGACAAACUGAUGCUUCCACCUUUGCUGGUUCAGUGCAGGAGUAGUCAAGCUGUAGAGGUCGAUAUGAUAUCAAAAUUGUCAAUGCCUCAUUGGUAAAUUCAACGGCCACCAGCCACCCUGUCAUCUGCAUUUUUGUUAGGCUGACAGCAGCUGCUAAUGGAAAAUUGGAUAACUCUUUGCAUCUUUUCCUACUGCAUUUGCCCACACUAGUACACCAUUCAUCUAGAGGAAGGGUCAAUGGCAGUGAGAAGAUCUAUUAGUCUUAUGCAUCAUGAAUGGAUAAAGGUAUAUAUCUUCCUGCUACUCGAACUGAACUUUGGGUGUCAGUUGUGGUGAGUUAAAAUUUGUUCGGUAAGUUCUGUUUGUUACCCGGCCUUUAGGUUCGGUAUUAUCCCUGUCCAUUUCAGUUCGGUGUUCUGACCUGGUUGUCGAGUUUAGUAUUGAUCUGAAUCCCGCACUGUUCUAGGCUGCUGCCUUUGCUUGUCAAAUUACAACCCGGUCACUGUUUUAUAUUUGUAUAAAAAAAACAGAUACUGAAACAUCCGCACCCACAGAUCCUCGCAUCUUUUCAGAAGUUUUCAGAUCCUCGCAUGUCACCCAGGUAACCUUUCGUCCUACCAAGCACCAACCACCAAGUACUGUCGAGCCGCGUCGGUACCGGGGAAAGCGAAAGCAAACCGAGAAGAGAAACCACUCCGCUCCCCCCCAGAACAAAGAAGAAACGCAAGUUGCAGCUCAACUUGGCAGCCGAACAACGGGAGCCCGCCACCUGAGCGCCACCGCACCCGCGGCCGCGCGUAAAGCGACGGCAUCCCUCGGCCUCCGGGGCCGAGCGAAAACCGUGGUCGCGGCGUGGGGGCGAGGAACCCGGUGUGAAGAAGAAAAGCUGGGCAAUUUGCGAAGCCGCGCACGGCGCACCAACGUGCCCCCCCCCCCCC